UUAUAACACCAUUUAAACUGAACAAUGUGGAAAAUGCGCCGUUAGUUGAGGCAGUUUCACGAUGUUUGAAGUAAAACGCGGUGUUUUAGUCUGCAUUUCUGUAUGCACAACAUGGCGCGAGUUGCUCUGAGGAAACUUUGUGCUGUUUCUAUCUGCUCUUCAGUUUGUGUGUUUAUAAUUCUUACACUACAGGUGGUGGAGGAGCUGGGUCAGUUUGAUCAGAUCCCACACAGAUUAAAGGGAAGAAAAGAGUUCCAAGCUUUACCUGUAGAAGGUCUCUUCACUAAGGAUGAUGUAUCUGCUAAUUCUAAGAAAGAUUUUCCCAUUAUCUUAUGGUGGUCCCCACUGACUGGAGAGCAGGGCAGACUUGGAGAAUGUGGACAGAAUAGAUGCUUUUUCACUGUCAACAAGUCUUAUUAUUCUCACCCUUCAACACAGGCCUUCCUGUUUUAUGGUACAGACUUAAGCGUUGAGAAUCUCCCUCUGCCGAGGAGGCAACACCACCAGUGGGCUCUGUUCCACGAGGAGUCACCCAAGAACAACUACAAGCUCCUUCACGAGCCAGUUGUAACCCUCUUCAACCACACCGCCACGUUUAGUCGCCGCUCUCAUCUGCCACUUACCACCCAGCACCUGCAGAGCAUUGAUGCCCUCACAUCAAACACGUUCCUGCUACCUCUGUCCAAGAAGAACCAGCAAAGACACGCUCUGGCCCCCGUGGUGUACGUCCAGUCAGACUGUGACCCGCCGUCAGACCGCGAUGCCUUUGUGCAAGAGCUCAUGAAGCACAUCCCAGUCGAUUCCUACGGCCAGUGCCUGCACAACAAGGAUCUCCCAUCCAACCUCAGCGACUCCACAGCCAUGGAUGAUGAAAGGUUCUAUAAGAUCCUAGCUCAAUAUAAGUUUAUCCUAGCAUUUGAAAAUGCCGUCUGUGAUGACUAUAUCACUGAAAAACUCUGGCGACCACUGAAGCUUGGCGUCGUCCCUGUGUACUACGGGGCUCCCAAUGUUCGCAUGUGGCUUCCGGAUAACAGAAGUGCGAUUGUCGUGGAUCCAAAGCAGUCACCAGAGAAGCUAGCUCAGUAUUUAAAAAGACUAGACAGUAAUGAUGGGGAGUAUUUAACAUAUUUGGAUUGGAAGAUGAAACGUGAGAUUUCAAACCAGAGACUUGUGAAGGAAGUAAAGGAGCGUAGAUGGGGGGUGCAGGAUAUUACACAGGAUAAUUUUAUUGAUGCCUUUGAGUGCAUGGUAUGCAACAGAGUCUGGGAAAACAUCAACAGGCAAAAAAAGGGCCUUGCUCUCGGACUGUGGCAGGCUGAAGCACAUCAUCUCAGAUGUCCUCCUCCAAAGAUGUUUGACUUUACUGUAGAUCCUUCUAACAGCUCUUCUCUGCGCCACAUCUGGAGAGCCAGUUAUGAUCAGUCAAUAAGAGAAGCCCAAACACUGAGACGGCUAGUGCUGAGGAACAGGAACUUUACUGUCACACAGUUUUGGAAGGAGGUCUUCCGUGACUGAGGGUCUCCACACUACAUCAAACAGUAUGAACCCAAGAUGUUUCAUGAUUUGUCUGAUCAGCUUCAUUCCGUUUGAUAAUAUACCGGCAUUCCUGGAACACAUUCCAAAAAAGUUGGGAUGGGGGUGAUCUAGGGAUAGUAAUGGAAAAAAAAUUAUAAUGUGAUGUCAGCAGGUGAUUGUAAUCAUGAUUUGGAUCAAAAGCAGUAUCCACGAAGGGUUGUGUUUUUAAGAACCAAAGGUGGGCAAAGAAUCUCCAGUUUGCUAUCAAAUACAUGAGAAAACUAUUGAAAUGUUUAGAAACAAAGUUCCUCGAUUAAAUGUUGGAAAUGAUUUGCAUAUUUUUUUUUCUUUAC